AUGCCACUCUUAGAUCUGGUAUGCAGACGAUUGACUCAACCAUCACUAAGUUCGCAUGUUAUAGAUGAUGAUUAUAUCCUGGCGCCACUGUCAAGAAGAGGAUCUACUCACCCUCAAUUUAGUAGCAAUGGAAUUGAAACUGGAGUUGACGAUGAAGACGAAAUUGAAACGUUUCAUCUAAGAGUCAAUUCUGUUGAUCGUAUUAAUUAUUUAGCUGCGCUUGAUCCUGACCCAGUACCUUCUUAUGAAGAUUCUCAAUUAAUGUACGGACAACCACAUCUGGAAUUAAGUAGGCGAUAUCAAGGUCGUUUAUUGAAUAAUGUUGACGAAUCCACUUCAUUAGGUAGAUCUAUCUCAACACCUAAUAUGUUUAGGCUAUCUAAUAUUAAUAGAGAAUUAGGUAACAUUAUUACUGUGGAAGACCAGGACCUUGAAGGCGAAAAUGAGGAAUCUAGUGGGUAUUCAUCGUCAUCUUCAUUAGUGGCAACUAUUGGUCGACCACCAAGAGAAAGAAGACCUUUUCUAUUGGAUUCAAAUGGUGACCACCCAUCAACAAGUGAUAUAAUAUCUUUUACAACUACUAAUUCCUCCAAUUCCAAUAUUCAAUCAUCAAGAUCAAAGACUUCAUCUACCGGCUAUAAGAACCCAGCUAAAUCUCUUAAACAAAUUGGUCUUAAAUUUCUUAACGCAAGACAACAUUUUGCUCUAGCAAUAUGUAGGGAUAUAUGUCUUGUCCCACCACUAAUAGGUCUUUUCCAAUCAUGGAAACGAGUAUUUUUUGAAAGUUACUUUGCAUCAUCAGUACUUUCUACUACUUGGGCUACUGAUUUUACUUCUGCAAGAACUGCAGAACAUUUUUUAACAGGUAUUUGGUGUAUCGUUGCCGCCUAUUUAUCUUAUGCUGUCUUAGAUGGAUUAAUGGUUCGAUGGAUCGUCAAUUAUCUGGCCCCAGCAGCAAUAGUAAGAAUGCUUUCCAUGUCAACUAUUCUUAUAGCAGUGGAACAAUAUACAGUGUCUGCCUUUUCUGCUAAUGGUUAUAAAUAUGGUCUACAUAUUUGGAUCUUGGUAAGUUGUAUAAUGACUGGUGCUUACAUAAUUCAAAACUUUGUUACUUCUAACUUGGAUCUCAAGGGGAAACGUAAGCAAAGGUUUUUUGAUUUUUAUAAUAUCGUGGUAUUUGCUGUGGUUCCGGUUGGAUUUGCAAGUUUUUUAACAAUGAUUGGUCUUUUGCGGUCGUUACUUAUACUUCGAUUAGAUCUUGAGCUGAAUGAAGUUCUUCGACAAAUGGCUACUCCAAGCAGCGGGUAUUCUUAG